CAACCAUAAAUCUACAUUAACCCAGAUUUAUUAAUCGCUCGACAACUUAACCGUGCUCCACAAUAGCUGAGAGAAAGUGAAAUUCAGCUCAGUGCUCCAGUGACUGCGAAGAGGAACUCUUAAACAUGAUAAUAAAAACCAAAAACGAAUCGGAGCUGAUCGAUGAAUUGGCGAAGCUGAUCAACGACAAAUCAGAGGAGGCAAUCACGAAAAACGGUUCUUUCAAAGUCGGAGUCUCAGGUGGUUCUUUGGUCAAGUUUUUGUCUGUCGCCUUGCAAAAUGUGAAGAGCGACUUGAGCAAAUGGAUCGUAUUCUUUUGCGAUGAAAGAAUGGUACCCAGCGACAGCGAGGAUUCAACAUUCGGAGCUUACAAGAAGGAGUUGAAAGGAAAGGUCAAUCUCAAUGACGAUCAGUUCGUGCAGAUCAUGCAAGGGGUUACCGUGGAAGCUGCUGCUGAGGAUUAUGCGAAGAAACUGAUGAAGCAUUUCGGUGAAGUUUCUUUACCUAAAUUCGAUAUGUUGAUGCUCGGGAUGGGACCGGACGGACACACCUGCUCUUUGUUUCCCGGUCACAAAUUGUUGGAGGAGACUGAAGCGUGGGUGGCUCCGAUCGGGGAUUCCCCUAAACCACCACCGGAAAGGAUAACUCUGACGUUUCCAGUCAUUAAUAACGCCGGUUGCGUCGUUUUCGCGAUGGCCGGAGCCUCCAAAGCGGAGAUGCUCAGAAGAAUACUAGUUGAGAAGGAGGAUCUACCGGCCACCAGGGUUGAACUGUCAGAGGGAGAAGUGGUCUGGAUCGUCGACACCGAAGCCGGCAAAUAUUUACCCCCUGAUCACUUUACAAAAUAAAUACAUUUAAGCAAAGUUUAUAUUGUAUCAUAUUUACAAAUUCCAGUACUUCAAUUGGUUAAUUUUAAAUAUGGCUCCUCGUUACAUCAGCUGAUACAAUUUGUUUGGUUAAUUACAUCAGCUGACGACGCAAGCAGCCAUUUUGUAAACAAUUGUUAAUACACAUAAAACGCACAAUGCGGGUGCAGCUUUACAUUAAUAAAUUUAAUUUGUAUGGAAAUUUAAACGAAAAAGAUGUACGCAUCAUCGAUUUAUUAUAGAAACAAGGAUAAGUGAUAAUAACAUGGAGAAGCUGCAAAAGAAACGUUAAAUUUAACCCAAACAUAGAAAAUUUCCACGUCGACCUGUAAAUCAAUCAAUUACGAUCUGUUUGCGGACAACGCUCACUUCUCUCAUUAAUUAUCACACGUCUAACAAUUUCGACCUUCCUCCAUCACAAAUCGCGUAAAAAAAUAUAGAAAACUCUUAGUUUUGAUUCGCUUAUAUAAAAAAAAAACAACCCGUUAAUUUUUUUCUUUUAAAAAACCUAACGACGUACAUAAAUCUCACUAAAUAAUAUAACAAGUUCAUUAAACUAAAAAAAAAA